AUCAAGGUAACCUCAACAUGGCAUCCACUCAAUUCAUUGCUCAAGUCAGAGCUGAUUCUCGCAAUGCUGCAGAUUCCACACCAAGAAAGAAGAUCGGGGGUAAUGUGUAGGGAAAACAGGUUGCUACGCUCGAUUCCAACAUGCAACUGCUAGGAGACAUGGCGCCGGCCGAGGUUGUCUCCUGGUCACCACAGCUCCUCUCGCUAUACUGCUGCGGGUAUUUGCAUCCUCCUGGCAGUGGCGGCAUCACACAUGAAGGAAAACGAGGCAUGCGGUGGUCGUUUUCCCGGCGAGCAACACUGUCUACCCUAGAAUCAGGUCGACUUGUAAGCUCCUUCAGUUCCUUCAGUUCUUUCUUAGCAUCGCUGUGCUGCUCAACUUUUAGCUCGCCCCCGACAUCCUAGUGAAGCUGUGCCGAACGGGUUCCAAGCAUCUUGUGGCAACUAAAGGUCAGGCGCUUAAUGGUGUCGUCAUGGUGGGCUGUUUGUUAUGUUCGCGAUGACGACCUGGAGGUUUAAGGCAACCAAAGUGGCAAAACCUCUUCGGAUGGCGCCUCCAGGCGGUCCAAAAUCAAGGCGUCUGCUUCGCAAGCCCAGCGAGAUAAAAGCCACCAUCCAUCCCAUUCCCUCGCUUCUCACUCUUCAUUUCUCCCACACUUUUCAUCAACACCAAACCCCUUUUCUUUGGACCACAUCUACAGCGAACAUGGCCCCAUCAGAGAAAUACACAUUCUGUCUACCACCACGCUGCGCCUUUUGCAGCUUUAGGUUUCAGGAUGAAGACAUCAUUACUGUGAGGAGGUCUGGGAUGGUAGUUUCAGAGAAAUUCCGUUUCUGCCCCAGAGUUUGUAUUGCGGACAUCGGCUAUAUGACAUGUUCAAAACGGUGUCGGCACGGGGAUGAGAAAGCAUUCGCUUGCCACCCCGAAUGUCUUGAGCUGGUGCCGCUCAAAUUACGGUCGGCCGUUAUCGAGGCCACUUCCUACCGAUACGAGCCACCCCGAGCUGAGGAUGAACGACGGGCUCGCUUGCUCCGACUGCAAUGGAGCAGGGUCCUGUGCAUAACGUUCCAGUAUCGUUUCCCCCUCGAGCUUUGCGAUGAUAUUGCCCAGUACUCCCUGAGGACGUUUGCGGUACGCCGCGCGCUGGAAUCGUUGGAGAUGCCUCAGCAUGCCACGUCUUGUUUGGUCAGCCUUUCGACAAGAGUUUGGGUGCGGUAUACGUUUGUUGAUGGAGUAAGAUAUCUUCAGUCCCUCACAAACGAACAACCUCCCGACGACAGCGCCGCGGUUGAGCUGGCCUACGAUUCAAACUCCGUCGAUACUAUGUUCGUCGCGGAGGACCAUCUGGGCGUGAGGAACCUGCUCUUUACGUCUUCACCCCAGAAGCCGACCAUCGAAGAGCGGCCGAAUGUUUGGUGGCGAACCGUCGCCAUUCCAAACUUGGAUUCCAAGCUCGAGGGCAAAAUCAACGGUGCAAAGCUGCGCUCGUUGACAUAUCUGGCCGAGCUUCCUACGGCUGAGUUUACCCAGCCCAUGUACUGGCCGACGCCCCAGUUCGGUAAACAACUGUGGUGCGACCGUUUCAAGCGAGUUCUUAACCUCGACCCGAUCCGCAUGUCGGCAAUCAAGUGUAACGACCCCAGCGUCAUUGGCUAUUCCGUAUGCUGCACGCUAGACUUCGUUACCAUACACGCCCAUUCUCCAAAGGAGGACGCAGAGUUCUACCGACGGAGCCGGAACACCUGUGCGGUCUGGCAGUACAUGCCGGUCGAUAAAGGUGAACUUUUGGUGGAGGUAUGGAAGCGCAAGGACCGUCGCUAUCCAAUUGUUAAUCUGGUGUUUAUGACGAACAAGGGCCGUGCCGCUGUUAUGGGACCAUGGCCACUAAAGUAUCGGAGCGGCCAGUCUCUCUUGGACCGGAGCGGCUGGACUCUCUUGAACCGGCCGAGGAAAGAGCCGAGCCGGAUUUUUUACGACACUUCCGACUCCCGCAUGGGCGUAUUGGCCUUUGAGACCCCGCCGCCGGAAUCAGACGGGCAGCGUCCAGCGAGUCUGACGCCGCUAUCCCCUGGGCCGGAAUCGGGACCCCUGGAGCCCUACUUUUACUCGUCGUCCGACCUCAGUGGCGUGACGGCAGUAACCCCCUGUGAGCGCCGAUUUGGGGAAACGUCGGUCAUCAGGGGACUGCUCCUUCACCACGCCGACGCACAUGUAUCCUGUGUCGGUGAGGUGCGCCUGGACUCCUUGGGUUGCCCCCUGAAAGUGGAGGGUCCGAUAUGGCUUGGCUUCUCGACCACAAGGGGAGCGCCUUGCGUGACCCAGAUCGCGACUUCCCGUCCGGCCGAAACGGACGCCGUGGACUGGCUUGCUCUGCCCUGUAGAGGGCAACUUGAGUGGUGGUACUCAUUCAGACAAUGCAGAGUACACCACGAGGGACGAGCAAGUCCCGCGACUUCGGACGUUUUCGAACGGCCACGGCGCUCACGGUCCGAAUCACCGGAUCGGCUCGGGUAGUCGAGCGCGACGAGUGGUGGUCAAUCGAGGCCAAGGGUAGUCGACCGAGACGGAGGGUAGUUGAUGAACGAGUGGGGUUGAGGAUGUUUCCGGGGGGCAGCGGUACUCGCAUUCUUUAAAUGUAAAUUUAGCAGGCUUUAAUACCAUCAGUGCCAAACUCGAGAGUCCUCGAAUCGAAGCGGAACGUUAAACAUCGGCCCACCAAGUCGGGGCAAGGCAUCUCGUUGACGUAGCAUUACCUCACCCGAGGUGAGAUGGGAAAAUCCAUCUCAGAGCCUGCUCUCACGUCAGUAUAACUGGCCUCUCAGUACUGUGUACAACUAUGGAUGUCGUGUAUUUGAGGUUGUGAGCACGAAAGGUGACUGGUGAGGAGGAAGAUGGAAACGGGGGCUUGUCUUGGCGAUCGAUCCCGCCAGCUGCUGCUGCCCACCCGCUGCGGCCAGCUCCACCUUCCCGUGU